CUUUGGGGGUGUUUUCUUCCUUGUCUUAGUUUUUUACGUUUUAGGGGUGCACAAUAACAACAACAACAACAACAACAACAACAACAACAACUCUAUGUACCUCUAGACGGAGGUUUUUGCUUUGAAGGGAACGGCCGGCGCAAAACAAACGAAGUUCAACGGGAACUUAUGGGGAUCCGGAUAUCACCAACACCACACAAUAUGGAUGGGCACUUGGGGGGGCGGGGGCCGGGGGGCAACUACUACUACUAGGAUGCCGACGAAACGACUUAAUUCCGAGGACGAUGGGAUUGGGACGGGGUCCCGGGUUUUUUGAUUUUCCUUUUCGGGUACCCUUCUCCUUUCUUGCGCUAACGGCACGGGCAGAUUCUCGAGGGGUAUGGGUUAUGGUUAUGGGUUAUGGUUUAUGGUUAUGGUUACUACCUGUGGAGAAUGGAGAAACUUUGAACCACGUCACAAGAGCGGGGGAAAGGGAGGGGAGGACUAAAAAGCAGACAGGGAGACAACUUCUUAUUUUGUUUACUCUUUUAUUGUUUCUUUUUUUUUCUUUCUCCUCUCGCUUCAUCUGCUUCUCUAGGAAUUCUAAAAAGGGCUCAACCUCAAGGUGGAACAACGGGAAGGGAAAGGGGUCACGCGCAACGAAGCAUGGCAUUUGCAAGGAUACCCGGCGCAUUUAUUGUUUGUUUGCCUUUUGCGCACAUUUAUUUCUAUUUCUACACUGGCUCGCAUCUUUUUUUUCUUCUCUCUCCCCCUCUGUCGCUUCUUCUACGCUUCCCUGUAGCGGUGUCUUUCUCCCUCUUUUUUUCGACUAUUUUCCUCUUACUGGACUGGAUCUUGCCUACGACGACGACAUUUGUCCGCCCGCCCUCUCUCGGCCCUCGAUGCGGAAGGUGGGGGGAUUGAAAGAAAGAAUUCCGUCAACUCCUUGUCACCGGGGGUCUUGCAGAGGCAGACAGACAGACAGACAGACACGGAAACGAGGUCGUCUGGGAAGAGAAGGGGGGGAGGGGAAGGGGGGUUGGAUUGCACCCAACUUGAAAGGAACUGCUCUGGUGCCGGCAGCAGGUCAAUGGUCAAUCCGAGCCCGACCAGCUGCUAAGGUACCUACCUAUCUUGUCUCCCCCUCCCUUCUCCUUCUACUCCCCCCCCCCCCUGCUCUGGGUUUGCUUUUAUUUUUGUACGAAUUCUGCGUAGAUUGAGAUUCUUAGGAACGGUUCUUUAACCAGCAGUUAUUUGACUUGGCCUUUUUUUCACUGGCAU